AUGCAUAGCAUAACCAUUCCUCCCGGUUACAUUUUCCUAUCUCUGGACGUCUCAAGUUUAUUUACGAGUAUUCCAGAGCGUUUGGUCUUAAAUGCUUUGGACAAAAGAUACACAGAGUUGUCACAGUCUAGAUUGUCGUUCGAUAAAAUACGCAGGGCGACACAAUUUCUGUUCCAGAACACGUUUUUUGCCUUCAACAAGAUCUACUACCGACAGAGGUUUGGCACACCUAUGGGAAGUCUAAUUUCGCCACUGUUUGCAGACAUAGUCAUGGACGAUCUCGAGCAGUGGUGUUGGAAAGAAUUGGAGAAGCUUGGCUGUAAUGUACUUUUUUACCAUCGUUACGUGGAUGAUACCAUCCUCUGCGUACACGAACAGUACAUAAGUUCGGUAGUUCGUUUGUUCAACAGUUAUCACCCGGCAUUGAAGUUCACUUACGAACAAGAAAAUCGAGGACAUAUUAACUUCCUGGACAUGACUCUGAUUAACCGUAACGGUAAAGUGUGCACAAAUUGGUAUAGAAAGUCGACCAACACCACAAGACUCCUCUCCUUCAAGUCAAAACACUCGACCCAACAGAAGAUCAAUAUUGUGUACAACUUGACUGACCGAGCCAUUUUGUUGUCUGACAAGAGUUUUCAUGCCAGCAACUUAAAUUUAGUCUCCAGCUUGUUGCAACUCAAUGACUACCCACGGAGGUUCAUCGACAAAUAUAUAAACAUCAGACUACAAGAGAUCCAAAGGGAGAGGUUGAUUCGUGAAGACGAAGUUUUGUCUGCCAAGAUCGAUGUGAGACCCUUCACUAUGUGUUUGCCAGCGGUGGAUACCUUCUUUGAUCGGUGCCUAAACAUGCUGAAGAAAUACAACAUCAAGGUUAUACCACUACAGGACCGAUCGAUGGCUCCAAUUAUAAAACUUGGCAAGGAUCGUGUAGAACCAAUGGAUACCGCUGGUGUGGUGUACCAACUGCAAUGCAACAGCUGUGAUACUCGUUACGUGGGCGAGUCAAAAAGACCUUUAAAAACGCGGAUAAAAGAACAUGAACGAGCCUGUAAAAACAAAAAUCAUGAUUCAGUCGUGGCGCUUCAUACCUUACGCAACCCCGGUCAUGAUAUGAGGUGGGACCAAGUUGGGAUUUUAGACAGAGAAACAAAAUAUUGUCCCAGAAUGAUCUCGGAGAUGAUACAUAUCAAUAACCAACGCAAUGUGCUGAACAAGAAAGAAGAUAUUGACAAACUCAACAGAGUUUAUUUCAAUAUUUUAAAAUAA